AUGGGCGGCAAUAAUUUUACCGUAGACGUAACGACACCUGCCAGUACAGGAGCAGUUCAUUCACAACCAACCUUUCAUUAUGAUGCUGGUUUCUGGAGUAAUAAAACGGAAUACAACUCUGCUGGAGGACAGACUGGCUUUGAUUCGCAGGAGACCAAGUUACCGACAUACUGGAACACAUCCUUCUCUAAGAUUUGCCUCGGUAUGAAGAUUGGCGGACAGAUCAGGUUCAUUGUCCUCAACAUGGAGGCCAGCUCUCUAUACUCGCUGAUCGCUGACCAGAAAUACCGAAGUACCUCAUUGGGUCGUGACACGUGGAAGAAGCUUAUUGGACCAGAGGCCUCCCUGCAGCCUAACUGUAACAGGGAAGGUUUCAAUGUUGUGUCUAAUGUCGUUACUAACCCUAGAGCAAGAAUCCGUUUGAUUGCAAACAAUCAGAAUGACUGCGACACCUGCGACUCCAGGAUUGGAUUUGGUACAGGAGGGCUAUAUGAUGAUUCCAACACGUGUGGAAACGAGGCCUCUCGUCUCGAUACAGAUAAUGGAGAUAAACACAUUAAAGCCAUGGGAUAUAUUUUAGUUCAUUGA